UAUCUCAAGGACGGGGACACUGAUGCCUCACAUGAAAGCCAAGGUCAUAUCAGGAGCAGACAAGUUCAAUAGCACACGAAAACAGUCUGCUGGAGCUCAGUUCCGGCAUUCCCUGAUGAUGCUCAUGGAGAGGUUGUAUUCUGCCAGCCCUCACUUUGUGCGCUGUAUAAAGCCCAACAGCCAGAAGGAGCCAGGUGUAGUGGACAGCCAGGUGGUGCUGCAGCAGCUCCGGUACAAUGGACUGCUGGAGACAAUACGUAUCCGAAGAGAUGGUUUCUCCUGGAGACCUUCAUUUGAGGAAUUUGCUGAAAGAUAUGGAAUUCUUCUAGUUAAACCAGAUGUUUCCCUCACAAAAGAAAGCUGCUUGGAGAUACUGCAAAGUACAGAGCUGACAGGCUGGAUAUGUGGGAAGUCACGACUUUUCUUUAAAUAUUGGCACCAGGAACAGCUGGGAAAGUAUGUGGAACGACUGGAAAGAGCAGCAGUUGUCAUACAGAAAGUUUUCAGGGGAUUCAGAUACAGGAAGAGUUACCUAAAACUGGUGGCUGAGCAGAGAGCUCAGGCACAGAGGCUACAGGAGGAGGCAGAGAGAGAAAGAAGACAGCAGCUGGCGGUGGAAGCAGAGGCUCAGAAAAGAAUGUCCUUUCCAGUCCCCAUGCCACGAAAGAGGCACCCUCGGCCUUCUCCCAGUCCUCCUGAUAAGCCACCACAGCCACCAGUGCCACGGCCACGGAGCAAACUAACAGAGUCCACUCCUUUCGAUAACUUCUUGGACCGUUCUGCACCUCACCCUGUUCUGGGGACAAAGAAACAGGCUGGAGAAGAGGCAAAAAUGAGAAAAUGCAAGAGAGGAGCAAGUCUUCGCUGGUUCAAAGAGACACAGGCUGAGAAGGUCAUGCAGGAUGAUGGGGCCUUUCCAAGCUGGCUGCAUGGGAUGAUCAGCCGGAGGGAAGCUGAAAACUUGCUGAUGGACGAGCCUUUGGGUUGCUUCCUUGUUCGGAUCAGCCAGAGCCAACCGGGCUAUACCUUAACAUACAGGGGCGAAGGCCGCUGCAGACACUACAUGAUCCAGGUGCAGCCCAAUGCACGCUAUGUCAUCCUGGGGGAAGACCAGGCUCAUGCCUCGCUCACUGAACUGGUUCAGUAUCACCAGGCUGUGGGCAUCCAGCCCUUCAUGGAAAAACUGACUGUGCCCUGUGGGCAGAAAAGUAGUGAGAUUUUGGAUUGCAAAGAUCUGGAGUGCCUCACACUGGAUCUGCCAGCAGCCAUGAGGGAGACCCCUCUGGAGGAGCAGCCCUGCCCCUCCGGGCCUUCCACCAGCAGAUCUGCUCUGCAGGCAAGAGCAGCCGCAGCUCUCAGACACAUGUGGUCCGGGAGGACCAAGAAUUUCACAGACCAACAGAGCCUGGACAAGAGUAAGACAACGCCAAGCUCAGGCAAGAAGAGAGUCUUCCCUCGCCUCCACUCUUCCAUACGCCUGGCGAUGCAGGAAAUCCAGCAGUUAUCUUCCGCUCCCUUGAACACUUCUGUACGGAGCUGCUGUCAAUCUCUCAGCACCGAUGAAGUAAAUCCCGAGUGACACGGUCGAAGUGGCUCAGCCCUAUCUUCCAGUGCUGCUGGGCCUUGCCUAACUUGGUGAACAUAUCCAGACAUACAACAGCCUUUUUUCUUUUUUUUUUCCUUUUUUUUUUUUUUCCUUUUUGUUUUUGCUGCACCCACUGGCCAUGUGCCUUUAGACAGGACUGCUGCAGAAAUUAACUUACAUCAGCACUCAGCUGGUCUCAGUGGCUGACACUGCAGUAUCUGGACCAGUCCCAUCCUGGCAGAGGGGAGAGGAUGGGAACAGUCACUCUCUGCACAGACCCCUCAGUGCCUGACAGUCUGUGUGUCAAUACUUCAAUGUGCCUGGGGACCCCUCACUUUGCACUGUUAAUAGUCACAAACUGGAUAUCUCCCAGCAACCUGUUCUGUCACAGAUACCUGUACUGAUUUCCUACCUCUUUUUCAACUCCUCUGUCUCUGUUUUAGUCCUGUGAUUCCACUACUCUGGGUGCCAAGGGAAGCUGGGCUUGGGAACUAAGGAAUG